GUACGGCGAGCGGCGUCGCUGAGUUGGCUUGUGGGCAAAUCUCGGUCAGGAGAGGAGAACGAGGCCGCCUAGGAGCGCGCACGUUCAAACGCGCCCAGCGCCUGGUGACCACGUGGGGGUGGCAUUUCAGUCGUUGGCGGAGGACGAUCGACCUCUCGAGCUUGUUCAUAAUCCCCCACCAUCGCCGAGCAAACGCCCCGGGCACUUGACCUCAAGCCCUGCACUCCUCGUCGCGAUCCCAGACAUGGAGAGACAGCUGGCUCCUGAGGUCUGGGCACUCGUGAUGCAGCAUCUACCGCCCUCGGACCGGAGGACCUGCUUGUCGAUCUCGAGCACACACCAUACUGUUGCGAAACGACUUGUCUUUUCCGAUAUAACCAUCACUCUGGGACUGUGGAAAGACGUGGAUAUCGAAGGUGACACAUAUCCGCUAAACAAGACUAUUCAAGACGAAGUCGGCCGUGAUGCCCGUAGGAGCUUGAACCUCCUGCGACACAUCCUGGCCACUCCAGAAUUCGCAGAUGUGGUCAGAAAAGUCACCGUACGUGCACAAGGACUCGGGACGAACGUCGAAAUUGCCUUCGAUAUCGGUAUUCUCGCCCGUGCUCUUAACAAGAUGCGCAAUCUACGUGCGUUAACCUGGUACGGGACCAAUCCUGCACCAUCAAGGGGCAUUUUCGAUGCCCUCAUCGAAGCGUCUGGGAAAACGCUCGUCCAUCUCUCUCUGCCGAUGGACUUCCCGAAAGGCCUCCGCCUGACAUCCCACACGCAAUUGACAUCCUUCGCAGUCCUCCAACGCAAUUCCUCCAACUCGGGAGCUGAGCCUCCCAUCGAGACGGCCAAGAGAAUCAUUAUGGCGACCGCGGUCACCCUCCGCCGUCUAUGCGUCUCGUCGAGCAGUCAGAACGUCGCGGUCCUCUACGGCUGCGACCCCCAAGCGUUCGUGCAUCUUCAAGAGCUCUCGCUCAUCUUCCCGCGCACAAUCUCUGGCCUUGAUGCCCUUUUCCUGCACCUGACCCGCCUCCAGUCCCUCACAUUCUGCGUCGACGCGGACCUGGGCAUCGACGAGGCCGUCACCGAGGCCCUCCGCACGCACCCAGACGCGUUUCCCGCCCUGCACUCCUUCAAGCUCCUGCACAACUCCGGCUUCCCGCGGGGAACGAACCCUGCGCAGGACGUCGCGGAUUUCAUCUCCGGGCGCGGUGCGACCCUUAGGCGGCUCGACGUUGUGCUCGGGGCGAGCGCGCUCGCGUUCUACGGCGGCUGCCCACUCAUGUGGUCGCUCCCCAAGUUGCCUGCGCUCGAGGUGCUCGGGUUCGACUUCUACCCUGCAUAUCUGGUCCGGGGCCUCGUCGAGUUCCUCGACAUCAACCUGCCGCGCGGCCUGACGGCGCUGCACGUGUAUGCGCGUGUGGGACAAGCGGAUAUGGCGAUGGAGGACUGGAUGGACUUCUUUGGCACGCGCGGAGCGCUCCGGUUCGUGAACGUCGUGUGCGAGCUGGGCGUCGAGAUCGGCCUCUGGGACGUCCUCUCCCAGCAUCCGCCGCGCUUGUUGGAGCUGCUCGGGUUCAACUUCGGCGUCCAUACCGUCGAGCGCGAUGUCGAGACGGGCGACCCGGUGUUUUCGGAGAGGUGGUCGUGGCCCAAGGCGUUCUAUGCGGCGGUGGAGCACGAGGAGGAGGAAGACUGGGAGUGGCUGCUGAGGCACCACGGGCACAACGACAGGAUCGAUAUCGCCGAGUGGAUGCUAAAGGCGAGCGACGAAGGCCUAGAUCCGCACGGCGCCGGUGGCGCAGGACCGGAAAGCGCUAGCUCGAAUGUUGUAGACGACGGCGAGGAUGACUAUGAAGGCGGGAGUUACGAGGAUUCCAUGGAGGUCGAGGGUUGAUCUGGCUUGUGAUAUGGCCGCUCCGACUCAAAUGCAUUUCAUUUAUAAGAGGA